AAGUGCAGCAAUCAGUAACAGCCUUCCUGUUUUCGCAGCAGCAGCACCGUUAGAUUCUUCUAACUCUACAGUUUCUUUCUUUUCCGUAAAUGGAGUAAAAAACCUCGUUCUUUAAUUAAGAAAGUUUCACAUUCAGCUGUCUUCUUCUUUUAAUCUGGAAUUAUUUUUUCACGAUGAAUGUGUCUUUGACGAUGGAGACAGAGGAGGACCUCCUGACUUGUCUCCAAAUCAAGUUUUACCACCCUCAGCAGAACUGUAAGGGCUUUUAUGGUCGGCUUCCUCUGGGGACCAGAAGAAGACACACUGCCGAUGACCCUCUCAGGCUGGGCCGUGACGACCAGGCCUGUGCCUACAUCCUGCUUGAUCCCCGGGUGUCCCGUAAGCAGCUGGCGCUCUAUGCCUACCACAUUCCCCAGAGCUCAGAGAUGCUUUUUACCAUCCAGAAUCUGAGCCAGAGGGGGAAACUGUCAGUGAACACCUCAGCGCUGGGAUACCUGGAGAGAAUGGAUCUGCCAGACAAAGCUCUGAUUCGGUUCGGAGAGUAUGAGAUUCUGAUCAUCCGCGAGUCUGGUGAGGCCAUGGCCAACUUUGAGGUAGAGUUUGAGGUGCUGGCAGUACCUCCUUCCAGAGAGACAUCCAUGUCUCUCUGGAAGGAGCAGACAUCCAUGUCUCUUCCUCCGGUCAUGGAGACAUGUUCAGAUAGUAGGAUUAGUUUGUCACCCGAAGAUAGCUCCUUUGGCCCCCAGGAGAGUGAUGAGACUCUUCCUUGUGAUUCAUAACCAACCAUUACUGCUUAUUCAUGUGUGACUUUUUUUUGUUGUUGUUAUUUACUCGACUUAAUGCCAAUUCAGUGCAUUUAUUACAUUAGACAAGAAAUCCCUCUUUGUAUAUGUGAAAUCAAUAUACCCUUUUCGUAUCCUGUCUACAUAAGCUGCAUUGUUAAUUUUGCAAAUACUGUUAAAGUGCAAAGUUUGAAAGUUAUGACUGAGAAAUAAACAGUUUAUCUGGAAUACAGUUA